GUGUCACUUCUAAUAAUAAAAGUAAAUCCUCUGUAGACUGGUCACAACAACUUGAAACUUUUACACUUCUUUACAAUUUGAAAACUUCCUCACCUCAGGUACAAAUAUUAUUCAAUGAACCAGAUAGUCUGUUAUGUAGAAUAAAUGAAAACCAUUUGGAUAGUCGAGUAACGUCAAUUAAGCUUGAAGGCAAGAUCACUUGGCCGGCUGAAAUCCUAAUAAACUCGUCUACUGGCAAAAGUGCAAUUCAGCUGAAGUUGAGGAAAAAGAAGAAGGCUCUAUGGAAGGAGUAUGGUGCCAUGGUUGAAACAGAAAACAGACCCAACGAAGAGGGAGACGAAUAUUGGCCUGCCGAGAUCACCAGUAUUAAUAAACAAACUCAUGACUCCUAUUUGAUCACACUGAAGAACACCAAAAAUGUUUACAAUCAUAUUAAUGUUGGACAGCAUCUGUUGAUUAAACAGGAUAUCAAAGGUGAAGAAGUGAUCCGACCGUACACACCGGUACCGAAACUGACCUACCAGAAGCCGUGUGUUGGCAAACCUGUGUGGCGAAGCACAUCCGAAGAGGUGAGCCUACUGAUCAAGUGCUACGACCUGGGUAAAAUGAGCUCGUGGCUGUGCAGUCAGCGCAAAGGCAGCACUGUCAUGCUCAGCAACCCCAAAGGCUCCUUCAACACAGACAUUUUUACAAAAAACAUAACCGAGGUGUACUUGUUUGCUGCUGGAACGGGAAUUACGCCAAUGCUAUCGGUCGUUGACUGGUUACUAAAGUCUCCAAGUGUUCUGAAAAUUAGACUGUUAUACUUCAACAAAACAAGGAAAGAUAUAAUAUUAGAAGAUAAAUUGGAUCAACUAGCUAGUGAAGAAAGCAGGUUUUAUGUGGAACACAUUUUGUCGGAACCGAGCUCUGAGUGGAGUGGCAGAAGGGGACAUGUCUCGCUCGAUCUGCUGCUAAACAUUUUGCCAAAACAUGCCGAUGACAUUCCUAGAAGUGACUUCGUAUGCAUUUGUGGUCCACGGCCAUUCACUGCUUUGGUUGAAAAGAUGCUAAAGGAACAUUUGGAGUACACUUCAGAAAACUAUUACAGUUUUUCAGGGCAGUAGACUUCGAAUAAAUUCUAUUUUCCGAAAAAUCAACUACUUUUGUACAGAUGAUAAUAUAUUAUAAUAAAUGAGAAUUCUAUUUUUCAA